GGAAUAACGGCACGUCGUCUCGGAGCUUCUUUCUCCGGACACAGUGCGGCCCGAGCGGAGGCCGCGGCGCCGCCCUCCAGUCCUGAGGAGCCCGCGCCGCCCAGAGCCCGCAGUGCCCUCUCACCCGCGCCGACGCCAACCGACCCGACCCGACCCGGCCUGACGGGCCGGCCAGCUGGAGCGCAGCGCAGGAAGGCAGCACUAGCCCCUUGGAACACAGGACCCCCCAAGGACAUGAAGCUGCUGGAGAACUCAAGCUUUGAGGCCGUCAACUCACAGCUGACCGUGGAGACUGGUGAUGCCCACAUCAUCGGCAGGAUCGAGAGCUACUCAUGUAAGAUGGCAGGAGACGACAAACACAUGUUUAAGCAGUUCUGUCAGGAGGGCCAGCCCCACGUUCUGGAGGCACUGUCCCCACCCCAGACCUCGGGCCUUAGCCCCAGCAGGCUGAGCAAGAGCCAAGGUGGUGAAGAUGAGGGCCCCCUCAGCGACAAGUGCAGCCGCAAGACCCUCUUCUACCUGAUCGCUACGCUCAAUGAAUCCUUCCGGCCUGACUAUGACUUUAGCACAGCCCGGAGCCAUGAGUUCAGCCGGGAGCCCAGCCUGAGCUGGGUGGUGAAUGCGGUCAACUGCAGUUUGUUUUCGGCCGUGAGGGAGGACUUCAAGGCCCUGAAGCCACAGCUGUGGAAUGCAGUGGAUGAGGAGAUCUGCCUGGCUGAAUGUGACAUCUACAGCUACAACCCAGACUUGGACUCAGAUCCCUUUGGGGAGGACGGCAGUCUCUGGUCCUUCAACUACUUCUUCUACAACAAAAGGCUCAAGCGGAUUGUGUUCUUCAGCUGCCGCUCCAUCAGCGGGUCCACCUACACUCCCUCGGAGGCUGGCAACGAGCUGGACAUGGAGCUGGGGGAGGAGGAGGAGGCAUGCGCCGGUGGAGGCAGUGAGGGCAGACCUGAGGACACCAGCACCAUGGAGGACAGGGUCCCAGUGAUCUGUAUGUGAGGAGGAGGAGCGGAGUUCCCAGCUUCAACCAGUGCCUGGACCUGCCCACCGGAGGGGCCCCAAGGCCUCCCCAGCUGCUGGCCGGACUCUGGUGCUGCCACAGCUCCAGCAACCCCCACGGCCACGCCCAUCUCACCCUUUGGCUCCAGCCUAUGGAUUUGGCUCAGCCUCCCAGGCCCUUGCUGCCCACGUUGUGGCUGGUUGGAACAGCACAGGGCUUGGGAUGAGCCACUGACCUGCCCAGACGAACUGACAGAGGCAGGGACAGCUGGACCACAGAGUUUAUUUUUGUAUUUUGUACCAGGUCAGGCCUGGGCCUGCACACUCCGGCCCAAAAGGCCCAAUACCCGGCAACUAGGCCCCAGUGGUCAUACGCCCUGGGCUUGGGCCAACCCCUGGCACCCACUUGUACCCCCAACCUCGCCCAUCGGGCAGCGCGCACUGAGUGUCACUUUGCUGCAGCUUGUUUGUUUCCAAUAAAAGUUUUCUGUGACUUAG